AUGGCCAUGCUACUCCUUACUUGCAUUCUUUUAUACACUCACGAUCAGAAAACUCACAAUGUGCUGGCAGUCAAACAGAGCUCGGGAAACACCCUCAUAGAAUCCACCAAUGAUGCCCAGGUUGACGCAGCGAUUAAUGAAGAGAUCCUGAAAUCAAAGGGAAAGGAAGAGGCCGAGAGCAACGGUGAUGUGCAACCUGUAGCCCAGGCAGAGGGUACCACGGACGAACAAUACGAUGUCGCAAAAGAGUACAGAGAAAUUAGAGCCUUAGCUCCAAUGACAAUAUUCUCCAAAACGUACUGUCCCUUCAGUAAAGCAUUGAAGAAGCUCUUGCAAGAUAGCUACAACAUCGUUCCUCCUCCAACGAUCGUGGAGCUCGACAAGUCAAAACAUGGAAAAGAGCUUCAAGAAUUCUUAGAACAGAUCACAGGACGUCGAACCGUGCCCAACGUACUCGUCGGGGCCUCGUCAUCAGAGAGCCGGGGCGGUGCUGACGACUUCAUCGAUAUGCAUAAGAAGGGCGAAUUAGAGACAUUUUUGAACAGUUGGGGUGAAAAGAAAUUAUUGGUGACAAAGAAGGAGACCCCAUCAAACGUAUAG